AUGGCUGAAGAUAAGCCAAAUACAGAGCCUGUCAAUGACAGCUCUGCUGCUCAGCAGGCGAAGCGCACCCUUUUCGUUCGAUCUCUCCCCGAGUCUGCGACGACUGAAAACUUGGCAGAAUACUUUUCGCAAUCCUAUGUUUUAAAACACGCCGUUGUUGUUUGUGAUCGGGAGACUAAGAAGUCCAAAGGAUUUGGUUUUGUGACAUUCGCUGAUCUGGAUGAUGCGAAGAGCGCCCUUGAGGAAUUCAAUGGAUCGGUAUUUGACGGGAAGAAGAUCAAAGUUGAAUAUGCAGAGUCCCGCAAUCGUGAAGUCGAUGAGACAAAGGGACGGAGUUUGCCUUCUACUACUGCUACCAAGUUGAAGGAAGAGAGGGAAAAGCAGAGAGCGGCCAACCAACCACCUCGAUUGAUUGUUCGGAAUCUGCCAUGGAGCAUCAAGGAAUCCGAUGACCUUGCUGUUCUGUUCAGAAGCUUCGGUAAGGUCAAGCAAGCCAUUGUUCCGAAAAAAGAUGGAAAGCAGGCAGGUUUUGGCUUUGUUGUGCUGCGAGGCAAAAAGAACGCUGAAAAGGCUCUGGAAGCGAUCAACGGAAAGGAGGUAGAUGGCCGGACUUUAGCGGUGGAUUGGGCUGUUGACAAGGGCACCUGGGAAAACCUCAAGACUCCUACUACGGAUGAAGGCGACACUCAGAACCAGGAGGAGAAGAACGAGGGUUCGGAAUCGGGUGAUGUCGAUAUGGCUGAAGCACCAGAGGAGAUUUCAGAUGCCGAUUCUGUGGAUGACUCCGAGGAUGAUGAAGAUAUUGAGGACCUAGACGAGGACGAUGACGAGGAAGAUGAAGAGGAGGAAGAGGAACAAGAGGACGAACGGAACGCCUCUACAGUGUUUAUCCGGAACUUGCCCUUUACAUGUACAGACGAGAUGCUUUACGAGCAUUUUGAACAAUUUGGACGCCUACAUUAUGCACGGAUUGUUGUCGAUCCUGAGACCGAGAGGCCUCGUGGCACGGGCUUCGCCUGCUUCCGAAACGUUGACGACGCUUUGUCUUGCAUACGCGAGGCACCGAAACAGACAGACACGGUGACCGCAGAUAAAGACAAAGCCAAGAAAGGCGCAACAGCUUUCAAGCAGUCCGUUCUACAAAACGAGAGUACCGACCCCAGCGGACGGUAUACUUUGGAUGGUCGAGUACUGCAAGUGGCUCGUGCUGUCAGCCGGUCUGCAGCUGUGAAGCUUGAAGAAGAAGGUGUUUCACGACGUCUGGUUCGUGAUAAGGAUAAACGCCGCCUCUAUCUCCUGUCCGAAGGAACCAUUCCUUCCAAUUCGCCUCUCUACAAAAAGCUUUCCCCGACCGAGAUUAAGAUGCGCGAUGACAGCUUCAAACAACGACAAAAUUUCAUCAAGAAAAACCCGGCCCUUCACCUCAGUCUGACUCGACUUUCUAUUCGCAACAUUCCGAGACAUGUCACCUCCAAGGACUUGAAAGCUCUGGCGAGAGAGGCAGUUGUUGGAUUUGCCAAGGACGCCAAGAAUGGUGUCCGGCAACCUCUGUCGAAAGAGGAGAUUCGUCGUGAUGCAGAUGCUAUGAAGGAAGCAGACACUCUUCGGAAACAGAAACGCCAGGGAAUUGUUAAGCAGGCCAAAAUCGUUUUUGAAAGUCGCGACGGCGGUAAAGUUAAGGAGGAUAGUGGCGCCGGACGCAGUCGAGGCUACGGGUUCAUUGAGUAUCACACUCACCGCCACGCACUCAUGGGCCUCCGGUGGCUAAACGGUCACGCGGUCGAAGCCCCAGCAGAUGCUGCGUCCGAGAUGAAGGAGAAGAGGAAACGCCUGAUCGUUGAAUUUGCCAUUGAAAAUGCGCAGGUAGUCAAGCGCCGGAGCGAGCUCCAGGCGAAGUCUCGGACUUCUCAGAAGUCUGGUAACGGCAAGGAAGGCCCCGAGAAGGACAAUGAUGCAUCGAAGAACGCCUCUGGACGAGGAAAGAAGCGGAAGAGGGCUGAAAGUAAUGGAAAGGACAAAGAGAAUAAAGAUGUAGAAGAGGAGAACAAGAUCGCGAAGCGCAACCGGAUCAUUGCGAAGAAACGCAUGCAACGCAAGACAAGGAAAUCAAAGGCUUAA